AUGACCGAGCCGCCGAAGAAGAAGGAGUCUAAAAUCACACUGAUACGACGGGGCUACGACAACCUCGUCAAAACGGUCGUGCGGCCGCCGCGCAUCGCCUACACGACGGAGGACCUCGGCCCCACGCUUAAGGCGUUGCGAGGCGCCGUCUACGAGCGCACGGACUUCGAGGUGGUCCACAACAAGCUUAAAUUGAAAUGCAGCCGCUGGGCGCGGGAGGGCGAGCCUCGACCGAAGAAAGUUGUGUUAUAUCUCCACUCCAACAGUAGCUGUCGCCUCGCGGUCGUGAGGUCACCGGUGCUCGCGACGUGCGCCUGCGCUCGCGCUGCUCUCGUGUCUUUUGAUUUCGCGGGCUGCGGCAUCAGCGAGGGCGACACCGUCACCCUAGGCCUGAGAGAGAGGGACCAGGUCGAGGCCGUCCUCGCCGAGGUACGAAGGUGGGCGCCCGGCGCCAGAGUUUGUAUUUGGGGCCGGAGCAUGGGCGCCGCCGCCGCUUUAUUACAUGGCGAGAAGUACCCCGACGAGGUGCGGGGGCUCAUCCUCGACUCGCCGUUUCUCAGCUUCCGCGCGUUGAAGAACGACCUGAUCCAGCGCGCGGCGCCCAAGGCGCCGAAAUGCGGCGUCGCCUGCGUCAUGUGCUGCCUCGCGUGCUCGGCCCGGCGGCGGACGAAGGGCUGCAACCCGACGAAGGUCGACUGCGGGCGGGCCGCCGCGGCCGCGACGGCGCCGGCGUUGUUUCUGGCGGGCGCGCGCGACAAGCUGGCCGCGCCGGCGACGCACGCGCGACCGCUCGAGGCGCUCUAUAAGGCGCCGUCCACCUUGCUCGUCUUCGACGGCGAGCACAACUCGCCGCGGCCGUCGUGGGUCUACGACCGCUGCGCGACGUUCCUGGCGGCGGCGCUGGACGACGCGCCGGGCCUGGCCGCGGCACUGCUCGAGACCUUCGCCGAGGCGCCGCCCGCGUCCGUGCGCCGGUCGCCGCGGCCGCUCACGUCGCCCGCCGUCGCGACGGCCGACCUGAGCGACUAA